AACACCAGCAUUGGUAGACCCAACUGCAGCAGUUGCUAUCCGAGUGCCAAUACAUCAGCAGCUACAAACAUACGUGCGCCAUCUUCGCGACCAUGAAGCAGAUCAGCAGCGACAAUUCAUAGCCCGGCGUCGUAUGACCGGCCAUCUGAGAGUAGCACAUGGGAACCAUGAGUCGUACAGUUGUCCCUCGCUUCAUACGCUUGCACCACGCGUGCCUUGCAAUUUCUGUUCCGCUCUCAAGUGGCCUGGAGAGCCGCCCAGUGUGUGCUGCAACAGUGGACAAGUUGUGCUUCCACCGUUUCCCGAACCGCCAGCAGAGUUGCGCCAACUAUUUGACGUGCCGCAAUUUCUGCUCAACAUCCGGCGAUACAAUAAUGCGUUUACCUUCACCUCUAUCGGUGCCUCAAUACGAGGAAAUGACCCAGUACGCCAGGAUCUACGAGUCGGUCACGGUGGAAUUUACAACUAUCGCAUACAAGGUGCGCUUUGCCAUCGAAUCGGUUCGCUCGCUGUGCUUCCAGGACGUCCACCAUGCUACGCACAGCUGUACUUUUAUGAUUCAAGCUCGGAGGGUCAGUACGACGAAAUGCUGAACGCUCGCGUAUACCAGGCAUCGAUCAACGGCGUUACAAUGCACCGACUGCAGAUGAAGUUGGUGGCGUGUUCGUGUGCGAUGAUACUACCGGAGCCACGGAACAUACACGCGAUAUUGUGCUGCAGCAUCGUGCCACAGGAUACUUGCAGCCUGUGUUUGAUACCAACCAGUUGGCAGAUGCACUCCAAUACCCGAUUCUGUUUCCGCGGGGUGAAACCGGUUGGACUUACGGUAUGCCAAAGGUACAGCGCCGAACCAGACAGCAGCAACAACCAAGCAGACCAACAAGUUCGAGCAACGGAGCGGCGCACAUAGAUGAAAAUGAUGAUGCUGCUGAGGAUCCUAAUCCUGAGUUGGAUGAAGCAGAGCGUUCAGCAAAUCAAAUAACGCCACGCGAAUAUGCCGCAUAUCGCAUAGCCUGGCGGGAAAACGCUCAAACGCUUAUGCAUCGUGCCGGACGAUUGUUUCAGCAGUACUGUGUAGACCAGUACUGUAAGAUAGAGAUGCAGCGGUUGAAAUAUUUGCGAGAGCACCAGGCACAACUUCGCACUGAGGCGUACACGGGCUUUAUGGAUCUUGCCGGCGCUGAAGGUACCAUCGCGGAUCUUCAUCCCGAUAAUUUGCCUAAUGUGGCUGUGGAAAUCCCUGUAGUGCAAGAACCACCUGUUGCACCCCGUCGUUCCAUCAUCGAUCCGCCCUCGAACCUGUCGCGUACGGGCACGCGUGUUAUUCUCGGACCAUCAUUUGUCGGUAGCAAUCGAUAUAUGCGAGCGCAAUAUCAAUAUCGGUUUCCGUGCGUAGCACUGUAACCGGGCCUCUUAAGCUAGUCCUUUUCAAAUGUUCACACAGCAAACACGUGGCAAGUAGCAUAGUUUGCCGGUGACAAAAAGACAACAAACGCAAUGCUUCAAACGCGACUUUCCCAAAGCUCUCGCGUAUUCUCACCGGCACAACCACUUCUCGCGUGAGAGUUUGCUAUGCUACUAAAUGUUACAUUACAUUCUAUCCAAACGGCUACCGAACGAUAACGUUAGCUCGGACCGGCUUUUUUGCCACCUUACACUACACCAGCUCGGGUGGAUUGUUUUGAUUUGCUCGGUCGUGUUCCGCAACGGAACCGAAAAAAGCCGAUCUCAGCAUCGUCCGUAGUACCCUUACGCUUCGUGAGCUGCUCUUGAUCAAUUUCCCCUCCAAAUCGUGCAACGUUCCUUUUCUCUUUGAACGGAAAGAGCGCACGACUUCCCCUGUGUAUGCUGUGCAACCUUAAUGCUCUCUUUCAAGCGGGAUCCUGAUGUUCACCGUCGGCAUCGAUUUUUUUCAAAGCCAACACAGAGGAUCUCAAUGUCAGCUUCACUCAUCAUCAGAUUUGUCUGAUGUGCAUGAGGAAAGGAAGACUACUGUUAUCUAUGUCAGUAUCGUUUGGUAUGAGUGACAGUUUCCGCAGACUACUGAGUUCCUGAUGCAUCUUGCAUGGUUUCGCUGGUUUCCGAGCAUCAUCUGACGUAGCAAUCGAUGUGUAAUUUGGAGAUGAAUCGCAGAUCGAACCCCAUUAUGGCGCUAAUUGGACAAGUCCGAUUUAAGAUCCCGUCUAAAGCUGCAGCAGUACCGAUUACUCUGGAUUCAUCAGGAUUAUAACGUUACGUUUACGUUAAGCUUGAGUUGAUAGAUAAUGGUCAAACCAUUCCGAAUAACGUCACACAGCGUUGGAAGAUGCAAAGCAAGAUUCCUAGGGUGAUUUGAAUUCUACGAUUCGAAAUCCUG